AUGAUGUUAAUGGGAUUGCUAAUGCCAGUUUCAAGAAGACUUAACUUUGAUCAUGAACAAAUAACAUUAAAUUCAAAUACUAGGGAUAGAAAAAAAAGUUUUACACCAAUACAAACAAUUGGCAGUGAUUCUCAACUCUGCAGCAGUAGUAAUUCGGCUGUUGAUAAUAGUACUCAAAAAAUAUUGAAAUCUUUGUUAAGAAAUGUAAUGUAUCUUCAAACUGACAUUAAACAUAUAAGUAUGCAACAGAUGGAAAUCUUAACCAAACUAGAUAAUAGUACAUCAAACAUAAAAAAUAGCAAGUGUUCAUCAAACAAUGAGUUCAUUGAUGACUUCAACUGGCCCAUAAAUGAUCUUGAACAUCUUGAUAUUAUAGAAGAAAAAAUAAAAGAUAGAAAUAUGCGUGACUAUUUGGUAAAUGAUUUGUCCCAUUUGGGAGGGAACUCUGUCAAAGCAAUUAUGAAAAGGAUAAUUUAUAAAUUGUUUACUGAUGUAUUACUAUCCAAUUUUUCAUUCUCUGGAAAAAAAGGAAAACAGAAGUUCUGUAAACUUAAUUUAUGCUCAGUUAUUUUUGAUGCUGUUAAAAAUCAAACCAAAGUGAAGAACGUCGACCAAAAUGAAAUGGAGGAACGUUUGAAAUACCAUUUAGCACAAGCCCCCAUUUAGUGUUAAAAGAUGUGAUAAAAUUAAUGAAAAUAUUUAAAAUGUUAAUUAUCAUUUUAUUUAUGAUAAUUUUAUUGUACUAUUUAUAAGCAUCAUUAUGAGUACCUGCAGGUUG